AAACUAACUUGGGAAAUCAAAGAAGUUUUAUUCUUAUUAGAAGGUGUUACGUGGAUACAUAUAUGUCCAUGUAAAGGUGAUUGGAGUUGGUUUAAUUAGUUAUUGUGUUAAUUACAUGAUACAACGUUCGAUGUUAAAAAAAUAAAAACUCACGUUGCAACAACAUUAGAGUGUUGUCUAUAAAUAGUCAAUAUCCUUGUAUAAGCACAAAAUAAAAAACUUGUUCCCACAAUACAAGAGUGCACUUCUACGAAUAUAUGGCUUCAAGGCCAGGAAUCCUCACCGAUUGGCCAUGGAAACCUCUUGGAAGCUUUAAGUAUGUGAUACUAGCUCCUUGGGUGGUGCAUAGCACGUAUUCUGUGUUAGUGAAGGAUAAGAAUGAAAGGGAUAUAUCAACCUUUCUCAUAUUUCCAUUUUUGCUUUGGCGUAUGCUUCACAAUCAGAUAUGGAUCAGUUUCUCUCGUUACCGAACUGCCAAAGGCAAUAAUAGAAUUGUUGACAAAGGAAUUGAAUUUGAUCAAGUUGAUAGAGAAAGAGAUUGGGAUGAUCAAAUAUUGUUCAAUGGGUUACUAUACUACUUGGCAUGUUAUACAUUAAAAGGGGCAUCAAGGGUUCCACUAUGGAAUACAGAAGGAGUUAUUAUUACUAUAUUGCUUCAUGCGGGUCCAGUUGAGUUUCUUUACUAUUGGUUACACAGAGCACUUCAUCAUCAUUUUCUCUACUCUCGUUAUCAUUCUCACCAUCAUUCUUCUAUUGUUACAGAACCAAUCACAUCUGUGAUCCAUCCAUUCGCAGAACACAUAUCAUAUUUCCUUCUAUUUGCAAUACCAAAAUUAACCCUUGUCUUCACAAAUAGAGCUUCUGUGAUUGCCAUGGUUGGAUAUGUCACUUACAUUGAUCUUAUGAAUAAUUUGGGUCACUGUAACUUUGAGGUCAUUCCUACGUGGCUCUUUGAUAUCUUCCCCCCUCUCAAGUAUCUUAUGUAUACCCCAUCGUUUCACUCAUUGCACCAUACUCAAUUUAGGACAAAUUACUCACUCUUUAUGCCAUUUUAUGACUUAAUAUAUGGAACAAUGGACAAGGCUAGUGAUGAAUUGCAUGAGACAUCAUUAAAAAGAAAGGAAGAGACACCAAAUGUUGUUCACCUAACACAUUUCACAACACCUGAAUCGAUUUAUCAUUUAAGAAUUGGUUUUGCUUACUUAGCAGCUAAGCCAUACACAUCAAAAUGGUAUCUUUGGUUGAUGUGGCCUGUGACAGCUUGGUCCAUGUUGCUCACAUGGGUAUACGGACGCACAUUCAUUGUUGAAAGAAACCGUUUUGAUGACAAACUCAAUCUUCAAACUUGGGCCUUACCCAAAUACAGUGUUCAGUACUUUUUGGAAUGGCAAAAGGUGGCUAUAAACAAAAUGAUUGAGGAAGCAAUACUAGAUGCAGACAAAAAGGGCAUAAAAGUGGUGAGUCUAGGACUCAUGAAUCAAGGGGAGGAACUUAACAUGUAUGGAGGGUUAUAUGUUAGUAAACAUCCAAAGCUUAAUGUUAAGGUUGUAGAUGGUAGCAGCCUUGUUGUUGCUGUUGUUCUUAACACCAUUCCUAAAGGAACAACUCAAGUAUUACUUAGAGGCAAACUCACCAAAGUUGCUUAUGCUAUUGCCUUCACAUUGUGCCAACAAGGAAUUCAGGUAGCUACAAUGCAUGAGGAUGAUUAUGUGAAUCUCAAAAAGUCAUUGACCAAUAGCUCCGAUGAAAAUUUGGUCAAGGAAAAAAAUUGCACUCAAACGGUUUGGUUAGUGGGUGAUGGAUUUACUGAAGAGGAACAAAUGAAGGCACCAAAAGGAACAUUAUUUAUUCCAUACUCACAAUUCCCACCAAAGAAACACCGCAAGGAUUGUUCAUACCAUUACACACCAUCAAUGCUAACUCCCACUUCUAUUGAAAAUGUUCAUUCUUGUGAGGAUUGGUUGCCAAGGAGGGUAAUGAGUGCAUGUCGCAUAGCUGGAAUAUUGCACUCUUUAGAAGGAUGGAGUGAACAUGAAUGUGGCUACAAAAUGAAUAAUGUAGACAAAGUUUGGCAUUCAGCACUUCAACAUGGCUUCCAACCUCUCACUGUUCCACUCAAAAAAUUAGCUCAUUAUUAAUUUGAGUAUGUGAAUGUUUGUUUUCUACUACUAAAAAAAUUGAAAUAACAAAGGAAAUUUAAUGAUUGGGAUAAUACAAAAAUAUGGCUCCAUUAGAGACAUAUAUAUAAUUAAUGAUUAAAAUUAUGUUUACGUAUUUAACUUUCAUUGUUAUUCAACUUUUUUAUUAUGUAACUAUGAGGAGGAGUGUAUGAAUAAAAUCACUAGUCAUGGCUAUCUUCUCUAAAAUGAAAAUGUUAGACAUGAGUUUGGAAAA